CCUACUUUCUCCGCUCUCAGCCACUCGGUCCUGUUUACAAGUCACUGCCAGCGGAGGAUGUGGAGUACAGUGCCUGGAAAAUAGACGGACACAGCCCGCAAUUACCAAACACCACGAAUGGGAUUUUUUGCUCGUGUGUUUGUUGAUAAAUUAGGACUGCCAAAGCCACAGACAGCUCAACCGGCGAUUAAUAACAGUACGUUAUUAACUUAGGCGUUGUUAUGCAAUUUAACGCUUUCGGUGCUCGCGCCUGGUCACUGGUGGUUGCGCUCAGCUGCUAUGCUGUAGUUUCAAAAUGACCGGAUUGAUUAAAGUUAGGUGUGGACCUAUCUUUCAGCUGGAGACCCGUUUUCAAGGAUUUGGUGUUUCUUUGGUGGACUCGAGGAGGCGGCGGGCAAGUGGUCCGUGAUAGGUUUUUCCAAAAGGGUGUUCAGACGAGGUCAGCGCGGAUGGGACUUAUACGAUUUCAGAAAGGGCCUGGUUGGGAAAAGGAGUGAGUAUGGACAACCUUUCUGACUUCGGAGGCACCUGUCCAUCCACCCACAGGGAAUGGGACACCAACAGCUGUGUGGACGAUUUAAUGGAUGAAGAUGAGAAAGACAGGGCAAAAAGGGCAUCUCGUAACAAAUCGGAAAAGAAGAGAAGAGACCAAUUCAAUGUGCUCAUCAAGGAGCUAUGCACCAUGCUGCAGGGCCAAGGCCAUCCACGCAAGAUGGACAAGUCCACCAUACUGCAGAGGACUAUCGACUUCCUGCAGAAACAGAAAGACAUCUCUGCACAGAACAAAACUUGCGAUGUGAGACAGGACUGGAAGCCUUCGUUCCUCAGUAAUGAGGAGUUCACUCAGCUGAUGCUGGAGGCCCUCGAUGGUUUUUUGAUAGCAUUAACUACAGAUGGCAACAUCAUAUAUGUAUCUGACAGUGUGUCGUCACUCAUUGGCCAUUUACCGUCAGAUAUGGUGGACCAAAAUAUCUUGAAUUUCCUCCCGGAGCGGGAACACGGGGAGGUGUAUAAGCUGCUAUCAUCCCACAUGCUGAUGACUGACCCCAUUGCUGCUGACUUCCUUGACAGUGAGGCACAUAUUGAAUUUUGCUGUCAUCUAGCCAGAGGUAACAUUGACCCAAAGGAGCCGCUUGUGUACGAAUAUGUCAAGUUUGUUGGAGAUUUUAAGUUCCACAACAAUGUGCCUACAUCUUGUAACGGGCUCGAUUUGACGUUACCAAGAAGCCUGCAGACAUCGCUGGAGGAGCAGGUCUGCCUCAUUGCUACUGUACGAUUAGUCACUCCGCAAUUUCUAAAGGAUUUGUGUAAUGUGGAAGAUCCUUGUGAUGAAUUUACAUCCAGACACAGCCUUGAAUGGAAGUUCCUGUUUUUAGAUCACAGAGCUUCGCCAAUCAUAGGCUAUUUACCCUUUGAGGUUCUUGGGACUUCUGGCUAUGAUUACUAUCAUGUGGAUGACUUGGAGCUUAUAGCUCAGUGUCAUAAGCAGCUAAUGCAGUUUGGAAAAGGUAAGUCCUGCUACUAUCGCUUCCUGACCAAAGGACAGCAGUGGAUUUGGUUGCAGACUCACUACUACAUCACUUACCACCAGUGGAACUCCAAACCUGAGUUCAUCGUCUGUACUCACACUGUCGUCAGUUAUGCUGAAGUGAGAGCUGAAAGGAGGCGAGCGUUUGGCUUUGAAGAGCUGUCUCCACCUGAAAUUGCUCCCUCUUCUGUGAAGGCUCAGGAGCUGUACUUGGACAUCUGCUCCACACUGAACCCUCCACGAGACCGAAACAGUAGUGCACGUUCGGUCUCCUCCCACAGCUCCCGGAAGUCCUCCCACACAGCCAUGUCGGACUCUGCAUCAGCUAACUCCUACACAGAGGCCUGCACGCCAUCAUGGCAGUCUGCUUCCAUGGGGACAGAGAAGACAUCCUCCAGACUCCAACCUAAUAGUUCAAAGAAUUUGGCACAAAGACAAAAUUCCUUUGACCAGGUUCCCCAAAUGAGUCUCCCCCUCUCUCCUACCUGCAGCAAGCACUCUGCAAUGCAACAGCAAACGCAGCAGCAGCAACAGCAGCAGCAGCAGCAGCAGCAGCAGCAGCAGCAGCAGCAGCAGCAGCAGCAGCAGCAGCAGCCGCCCAUAUAUCCACCGCAGCAGCCUCAGGUCUGUGUAAUGAACCAGCUGAAGGAGCAUCUGGAGGAGAGGACGCGCAUUCUGCAAGCUGACAUUAAGACGCAGGAGCAGGAGCUGCACGACAUUAAGGAGAAGCUUCACCUUGCUAAUCUCCAGAUGUUGUUACAGCCGCCUAUCCACAAUGACUUUGGCCAGGCGCAGCAGCAGCAGCAGCAGCAGCAGCAGCAGCAGCAGGGCUCGGGCAGGCCGGCACAGCAGAGCCAGUCAGGGGUGAUCAGGCAGCUCUCAGGCCUCCCUAAACCAGCGUCCUGCGGGGCCCACAGUUCAUCCGCUCACUCACUCCUGAGAGAGAACAGCUCACCCUCAACGCAGGUCCAGCAGAGGAUUGCACGGAGCGGGCAGGCACAGUCGGUAAGCAUGCCCGUACAGACGAACACGAGUGUGACGAUGCCCUUCUACAGCAACCCCAUGAUGUUCUCUCAGACCAACACGAGGUCUCUGCAGGAUGCAAACCAAAGACACACAGACAGCGAGUUCAACCAAGAUGGACAACUACGCAUGCUCCUCAACCAGCCAAUGCAGACGCUCGUUCCCACUAGCAGUGUCACCUCGCAGCCUUCCCAGUGCAACAUGGGCAUCUCCCAAACCAUAUACACAUUGGAGCAGCAGAUCCUCGCCCCUUCAUUCUCCAUGCAGCAGGUCAACUGCAAUGCCGUCCUCGUGCCCUCGCCAUGCUUCACGUCGCCCAUAAUGAUCCCACCCAAUAGUUUCAUCACAAAUCAGUCCCCGUCGUCCUACCAGACGCAGCCUCAGGCUUCUCAGCACUCCCUGCAGCCGCAGCAGUUCUUUCAGAUGGCUCAAGGACUUGUACACGGUGGAUCUACUCCAGCCUUCUUACACACCUCUAAUGUCUCCCAGCAAAGCACUGUGGGAUACAUCCAGCAGCAGCAAACACAGCAACUGCUGCAAGCACAACAGCAACAGGCGCAACAGCAACAAAGGCAAUACCAACAUUCCCAAAACCAGACUGGCAGUGUUUCCGACUUCAGAAAUAUGCUGACUCGGUAGCGCUGUGGACCAUGUUAGAGCACUGAGAUCUCAACUCUGUGUUGUCGCCGUGUUGGCGGCGGCACGUCGUGGCAUAUGGAAGUCAAACCUGACGUCAAGUUCUGUGGAAAGAAAUGCCCGAAAGUGGAGCAUUAGCUUCUCGUGACCUUACUGUUGAUGUUCAUGAGAAGCCAGUCUGUGCAUCACCGGAGUGGAAACCACAAGCAGAGGCUGCACUGACCUGACGUCACCUGCAGGAUCCAAGGAGGGUCUGGGGUGCUGGGCCUUCAUCGCCGGCCCGCGUUACACUCAGAGGUCAAUCAGUGGAACUGCUGGAACAGGUGGAUUAUCAAAGCUCUCAAGAAGACACCACUUUCACAUCCAUGUGGAAGAGUUUCCAUCUAAAUGUCUGUUUGCACUUUCGUACCCCCCCAUACCUAAAUAUAGAAUAUUUAGUUUUGCCCUUGAAUUAUUAUUCUAUUACGCACGACGUACAAUCAUCCCCCCGGUCAGAUUUUUAGCUCCAAUAUAAAUGGUUCAUCUCAUCAAAAGGGAUUUGUGUCGACAUCAAUGGGAAUAAUUCAGUUGCCGUUCCCAUUUCGUCCACAGAACAACGUUUUACUUGCAGGUAUGUUCACUAUAGAGGGGCAGGAAUAUUCUCUGGUUAUUAGAAAGGUCUAUCUAGAUUUUUAAAGCCUCAAUCUGGGAGUGAAGAAGGGAUGCUACAACUGUCCCACCACUUCUCUUCACUGAGAAGAACAACAGUCCUUAAACAAGCUACCCGAGGGGGAACAUUUGUGCCUUUACCCGUGGUUCGCCCACGGUGCAGUUUGAUGGUUGUGUCCGAUUACGGCUUUAAAAAUCCAGCUAGGGUCCAUUUGGAAUACAAAGUUAUAUUUUCAUAGGCCAUCAUUUAUUAUUUUCCGCAUCAGAUUUAAACAAAAGACAUCUAGAUUUUUAAACGGAUAUAUUACAAAUAUAUAUUACAUGCUUUUCAGUAAGUCCAAACUCUUACUGUAAUGCUAAUAGUGAAUAAGAUAACUAUUUACUAAAACCCUUAAAUCACUUCAUUUUUAUUUAUUAAAUAUAUAUUUGAAAGAUAUAUGGUAUUAGAAAACUCGUUUUAUACUACAAAGGUUCUAAUUGUUUUGUGUUCAUUUAGACAUGGACAGGUCAACGCUGGUCUUAAUGUCUCAGCCCACCUGGAUUAAUGGUUUAAUGCAAGAACAGUCCGCUGACGUGUGUGUGGGAAUACAACUAAGUGCUGCAGAAGUUUAAGCUUGGUGAUUAUAUAUGUUGAGAUUCUGCCUGCUACCUGGAUAUUUGUGAACAGUAUAUCACCCUGUUUAUUCUGCAUUUGUUUAGUUUUGUUGUCCUCCUGAGAAUUCACUAAAUGUACGCUCUGAUCGUGACCAAAUGAGCUAAUUUACAAGCUAACAAUACAUCGCCUCCUACGAUGAAUGUGAUCUCAUUAAAAACUAAAAAUACUGCCAGCAGAUUACAUUUUCCCUGCAGAUAUAGAAACCUCCAAUGCAUUAUUGUAUCAUACAGAUGCAGCGAUGACAAAAAGAGUCAGUAUUUCAAGAGGUUACAAUCCUCUUCUUUUCAUACUAUGCUUUUUGUAUGACAAUCUUUUGAGUAUGUCGUAUAUUUUUUAGAUUCUUUGACGUGCAACUUCUAAAAAGCUCUUCAAACUGCACUCUUAUCACACAAUCAUUGUUAAUAUAAAUUUAAGCAGACGAUAAUCUUCAUUUUGCAGCGCUGCGAUAAUGGUGAGAGGACAUUAGUAACGAGAAGCCGGAUUAGCAGUUGAACGUCCAGGAAGAAACCGCACUAAAGAACCCGCAUGCAUCUCUCUUUAGUUAAUGACAAUCAGACAACUCUAACAGUAUACUGUACAGAAACUGCCUGUGCCAGAGUCUGACUUCGUUUGAUUUUAAAAAUCUAUCUUUAAACCUGUUCCUGUAGUUGUUUCCAAUUUCUCAUGACUCAGUGUUUCCUGGAAGUCUCACUGUGGAACUUGUGCUACACUUUAUAAAAGGCAACCCUUCAUGCUCAAUGCGACAGUUUGGUCUCGGCUGUACAAAUCAAGCUAGCUGCGUCAUCAUGGUCCCCGUCAAGACUGGUGCUGCUGUUCACAGUGGACGACAAACAGAGCACUCGACACGUACGUUCAGUGCCGGUUUACACUUUCCUAUGUGCAAUGACAAUUUGAAAAGAAAAGAAGAAUGUUAAUUUAUAGUUUGAAAUGUUUCCCCAACAGAUGUACGAUGUACUGUGUAUAUAUAGAGGUGUAUAAGAAGCCACUCUACCAUGUAAAUUAUAUGGAAGUAUUUUUUUAAUGAAAAUGUCCUAACAUUCCUCCAACCGUUUAUCAGCAGUAUCUUUUUUUAAGGUGUCAGUGGGAAUGUGGUGCAGAGUGGUAGUUAUUCCCCAAACACUAUCGCUGGAGUCACAUGUUCACAGUGAUCAUGAAAAAAGAUGAAAUGAAGAAUCCCAAUGACCAAGCAGCAUUUCAGACACUUUAAGAAUCAGCUGUGUGGUCUUUAAAGGGUUGUUCAGCCAAAAAUGACUAAAGUUAAACCUGAAAAUUCAUUUUGCAUUUUUUUUUUCUUUAAUGGGUUUCAGUUGUUUAGCUUUCAAGAAAAAGUGCAAUUGUACAUCAACGGUUGAGGAAAGUCUUACUUUAUGUAUUUACAUCCACAUUGAGUAACAGUAAAGACUGCCUUUAAAAGUUCAGCUCAGCCAGCAACUCAGAGGUGCCAUAGAUGACUACAUGUUUUACUUUCCUCCAUCUGUCAAAUUCUUUUCAAAUCACUGAAAGAAAUCUAAAGACACUUUUUUGAAAAAUGUUCAACCUUUCAGUUAACUGCAGUGAAAUUUCCCCUCGAGUUUGUUUUCCAUCUAAGCAUUCGCAUGCAGGGAAGAUCUCAGUCCAUGUUUGUCUAAAAAGUCAUCAUACUGUUAUUUACUUUGCUACGGUGGUCGAGGGAAAUUCUGCUCAUUAAUCUCAGCUAUGAGUGAAUUGUGUUGAUAGUUCAUGCAUUGUGCUCCAGAUGUGGGUUAAGCCCUGAAUUAUUUUUGCCUUGGACAAAUCACCGAGUCUCCGCCACAUGUUUGGAUGAUUUUUAUAGGUUUUUUUAAAGUGUGUAUUGCUUCACAGAUGUUAUUGUAAAUAAUCCAUCUCCCUAACAGUAGUUGCCGCACCUUUUUUUCUUUUCUUCAACUUUCAGAGUGCUUUUUCUUCUUCAUGGGGAUUUUCAUUGAGUGUCAUUGUUUUUGAAGGCAUGUGAUUUUUAAAAUCACAUUUAACUUUUCUGAUUUGUAAAAUAGUGACUGACACCUUAAAUGUAAGUGUGGGCAGUGAGAUUAUUGCUUUCUGUGUAAGAUUUGCCAGGAUGUGAACAAAACUGAUCUGGUGCACAGCCAUUUCUGCAGUUUCAGUGCAGAAACAAACAUUGAAUAUAUUGUAUAAAAGAAUGUAAAAAAAAGUUGAAACUAUAAUAUAUAGUAUUUUAUAUGUCUAAUAGAUUACAAACGUAUGUUACAUGAUUAAAAAAUUAAAGUAAUUUUGUAACAGAUAAUGAAGUGUCUUAUUAGAAGUGAGGCUUGUUUUAUUUUUGCAUUUCAAGUUUGUGUUGCAGUUUGUUUUCUUUCUGUAUUUACCAUCAAAAUAAGCUUUAAAAAUAUCAUUAAUAUUGUUUUAAAAGUAAUUAACAAAUUA